AUGAUAGAUAUUGGUACUCUACGAAAACCCCUCAGACAAUGGGAAUCAAACGAAGUGAUCGAGUUUCUCAAGGGGAUUAUCACCGACUACGAAAGAGAAAUAUUCCUGCAUAACAACCUGACCGGCAGUCGAUUGAAGGAUUUUUGUUGCAUGGACUUUUUGGUGCACAUACUUCGGAUCAGCGAAUCCAGUGCCGUAAAGGUAAUGAGUGUUUUACGCCCAUAUCUAGAUGAAGUAGAAGAUACCCAAAGCAUCACUAGACGUGAAUACCGUUUCGUCUUACGAAGGCGGCACAAGAAGUCAAAGACUCAAAACAGAAAGUCGGGACGGAGAUUAGCGGGAGACCAAAGUCGGGAAAAUAUGCCAGAUAAGGAAAUUAAAGAAAGGAAGGAUAGAACUAAGAAGACAAAGUUACAUGACAGAAAAAGCGAUAAUGAAAGGCAUUCAAGCGGAGAUGAUAAUCCGUCGAAUUCUGAACUGAAAACGAUGAUUGAGGAUGAAUCGCCCAAAGUUCGUAGCUGCUCAACCCAGAACGACCGAACACUUAUGGAAAUCCUUAGUUCAGAGAAUACAUAA